CACAUGAUCAAUUGGGACUUAUUAUAUAAAAAGACAAGCGAAUCUUUAUUCAAUCGGCAUUUACAAUAUGUUUAUUCGAUACUCAACAGUUGCCUUUAUUCUUGUCUUUUUGACUCAAUGUCUUCUUGCUGGUAAAGCUGUCAUUGGCUAUUUUCCCAAUUGGCUCUAUGCACGUUAUCUUGUUUCCAAUAUUCAAUUUGAUAUAUACACACAUAUAAAUUAUGCUUUUGCUGUUAUGGUGAAGAGUGCUACACCUGAAUGGACUGAUCCUGAAAACACAAACACUCAACUACCUCAACUUGUGGCAGCUGCUCACAAGUCCAAUGCCAAAGUACUCAUUUCCAUUGGUGGUUGGUCUGGAAGUAUCUCAUUCAGUGAUAUGGCUGCUAGUAGUGAUUCAAGAAAGGAGUUCAUUGACUGGUGUGUAGAUCAGAUCAAACAAUAUGAUGUUGACGGCUUUGAUAUUGACUGGGAAUAUCCUGGACGUCAAGGUGCUGGCUGUAACCAAGUUGAUCCACAAAACGACGUUCAAAACUACUUGACAUUACUUCAAGAAUUACGCAAGGCUAUUGGUUCUGAUAAGGAAAUUACGAUUGCUGGUUAUGUUCAAGGUUUUAAGACUGAUGCAGGUCAAUCAUCGAAUGAACUUGUUACCGCUAUUGGUGAUGUGCUUGAUCGAGUUAAUUUGAUGACUUAUGAUAUCAAUGGUGCCUGGAAUCCUGAAACUGGACCCAAUUCGCCUUUGGAUGCUUCUGGUGGAGGCGAUAGUUUUAAUUCAGCUAUUGAAUUUUGGACAUCUGCUGGUGUGCCCGCCAGUAAGCUUGCUGCUGGUUUAGCUUUCUAUGGAAGAUCCACAACUGCAAAACAAGACAUGACCAAGUCAGACUCAAUCAACCAACCUCAAGUUCAAGGACAGUCUCCAAAAGGUGAUUCUUAUGAUGCUUCUUGGCAAGAUCCCAAUUGUUCCAAGGAUCCUGGAGGGCUCUCUGGCAUUUGGCGCUUUGGAAACAUGCUUUCUGAAGGUGUUUUAGAUACAACGACUACUGCUAAAGCACCUUGGAUUCGUACAUGGGACAAUGCUAGUUCGACGCCUUGGUUAUUCAAUCCUGAAACGAAGGUGUUUAUUUCUUAUGAUGAUCCUCUUUCAAUUGCAGCCAAAGUCAAGUCAGCCCGAAGCAAAGGAUUAGGUGGUAUCAUGAUCUGGUCUGUGGAUGAAGACUCUGAACAAAAUGAUUUAUUGAAAGCAGCAGCACAAAUCAAUUAACUAAUGUAUUUAUUUUAAGUCAAUAAAUACUUCAGAUCAGUAGUGACAAGAAUCGCCCAUUAGAUUUACAAAAACCGCCAGUGGACACUGCAAUGUGUUUUAUUUCCUCUUUUAAACAGAAACACAAAAGAAAACCUUUUUUUUUCUCUUU